AUGGGGACUGCAGGCCGAACGCACAAACUGAGCGCGGCAAUGAGGCGUGUGGAUGAUGAUACGCGAAAUGAGGUCCGCAAUGCUCGGUUGGACGCACUGGAAGCUGAUAACUUCGGUGAAGACGCGGAUGAUGGCGAUGGGGCACAAGAUGGAGACGAAGCGUACGUGGACGAGGAGGAAGGAGGGCCUGUUGCCGCGUUAUCUGGCAGGGAAGCUGCCAGAAAAAAGAGAAGAACUGUUGUUCCAGGCAAAAAGAAGUGGAAAGUCAAGAGUUUGGCCCAAUUGGUGUUCGAGGAACUGGGUAAUGGAGAGAAUGCAGAGGGACCGAACUACUUGACCGCGGCGGGGUCUUGCCAGGACGGCGCUGAAAAUGAGACAGGCUUACGCGGACGUGACAAGCUUCAGAGCAAGACUCAAGGACGACAAGUCAUGUCGGGCAUUUUCAUCGACCCCAAAGAUCUUCCGGACGACGGCUACGGCCUCGUUCAGGUGCUCUUCUUGGGUGCCGUCUAUGGCUUCGUGCUCUUCAACGCGAGCAACCUCAUCUCGGACGGCAGUGAACUGUUGCUCCUCGUUCCAUCAAUGGCCGGCAUCGUCGGCAGCGUCGUUCUACCUGUACUGGGCGCCGUGCCCGACGGUGCUAUCGUUCUCUUCUCCGGUAUGGGUCCGAACGCGCAGGAGCAGGUCUCCGUGGGCGUCGGUGCACUCGCUGGCUCCACCAUCAUGCUACUCACUAUUCCAUGGGCGCUUAGCAUCUACGCCGGCCGCGUCAACAUCGACGAGAACGGCCGUGGCAGCUACGUGCGUCCUAAGGGCGACCAGCACUGGGCUAAGCUCAUGCCGCCUGGAAACAAGGACCUGACCAAGACAGGCGUCGUGCUCUUCGACGAGAUCCCGUCCACGGCUAAGACCAUGAUCCUCACGAGCUUAAUCUACCUCAUCCUACAAGUGCCUGCUCUGUUCUACACGGGCACGGCUGCAGAGGACGCCAAGGCUGACAAUGCCCAGGUGGCCAAGGCCGAGAAGCCUUUUGCCAUUGUGGCCUUUGUCGUCUCCAUGGUCUCCUUUGUCCUCUACCUCUACUGGAACGUGAAACGCUCGUCGGAAGUCAAGGAAGACGUCAUUGACGAGGUCCGUGUCGCUGCUAUCCGUGAAGGAGAGAUCAGCCUGUCCGGUAUCCUGGCCAAGGAAGUGGCCCACCUUAAGAUGGAGUCGCCUACCAGCACGACGCCACUCAACGCCACUCGUGAACAAUUCGACCGCGUUGCGGACGUCAUCCGCCCAUUCUUCCACGCCUACGACAAGAAUCGCGACCACCGUAUGGAUGCCGAUGAGCUGCAGUUGUUCUUUAAGGACUUGGGUGAGAACGUCUCCCGUGAAGAGGCCGAGAAGUGGAUGACUGCUGCCGAUAAGGACAAGAGCGGAUUCAUCGAGUUCAACGAGCUAGUGGAGGCCACUCUACGCUACUUGUUAACCAAGUACGAAAACGAAGUGCAGGGUCGUUCGUCCGUCUCAAUGAAACGUGUUGUGGUGGAUCAGCAGUACUCGCUGGCUAUCCCUCCUGCUGAGGGUGACGAAGAAGAAGAAGAGGAGGAAGUCCCUGAAGACCUUGCUCACCUGUCCAUCGCCGAACAACAGAAGAAGAUCAAGAUCCGCUCAGCGUACAUGAUGUUCCUGGGCACAGCUCUUGUGCUGCUGUUCUCGGACCCGAUGGUUGACGUGCUGUCUGAGGUUGGUGCUCGCACGGGGAUCCCGGCGUUCUACGUGUCGUUCGUGGUGGCUCCGCUGGCUUCGAACGCCAGUGAGCUCAUUGCUGCGUACAACUACGCGCAGAAGAAGACGUCCAAGACAAUCUCCAUCUCUGUGUCUGCUCUUCUUGGCGCUGCUUGCAUGAACAACACCUUCUGCCUGGGUAUCUUCGCGGCGCUCAUGUCGUUCAAGAGUGGCGGUCUGGUUUGGGAGUUCUCCGCUGAGACCUUCGCCAUCCUGUUUGUGGAACUCGUGAUCGGCUACAUUGCGAUGAAGAAGACCCAGCGACUGCUUGACGGCCUCGUCGUGGCGCUACUGUACCCGACCUCGAUCUUCAUGGUGCUCUUGUUGGAGAACGUGCUCGGUCUGGACUAA